AUGAAUUCGCAACCAGAGUUAGGGAAAAAAGCUCUGAGGACUCGCGGUGGGGGGAGUUUUGCGGAUCCAGACGCCAUACAGCUACACGGCAAUGACUUCUCCUGGAGUGAGAAGAUGGAAGAGCUGAGCAACGAUGAACGACAAGUGGUGGAAGAGUAUCUUCAAAACUGUGAGCAAAAACUGGCGCGAUUGAAUGGGGAAAGUGCAAUCGCCUCUGUGAUAACCUCUAGUUGUGGGGGUAGUUUCUGGGAUUCCCACUAUCAGAUGAACAGGCGGCAUUUUCCGCUAAAAAAUUACAUUAUCCUUGCAUUUCCACUACUGAAAACGGUCUGCUCCUCACAAAAACAGGGUGAGUUAAGGUAUGUUGUUGAGUGUGGUUGUGGAACGGGAAGUACGCUUUUGCCUUUGAUGAGGCAAUUCAAGGAAGAUGUUCAUUUUGUGGGUUUUGAUGUGUCUGCCAGUGCGGUGUCUAUAUUUAUGGAACAUCCUGUAGCCAAGGAAUUUGCUGAACAGGAGCGUCUAUCUGCAUUUGCCUACGACAUAACCGUUUCACACGAACGGUCCACAGAUGAGCCAGAAAAAACCCGCUCUCGAACAGAAUGCGGUGGCUUAAGAAGUGCACUUUUAAAGAGGGCUCCUGGUUGUGGUCGUGGCGUGGAUGCUGUCAUUCUCGUAUUUGUUCUUUCUUCCUUGACUACGCUUGAAUCAAUGGUUUUCGCCCUGAAACAACUUGCGAGUGUUAUGAAAAAAGACUCAGUGCUUUUGUUUCGUGACUAUGCAGUUCCAGAUCAUAAUUUAUUCCGUUUUGUGAAGCAAAACAAUGGGAAGGUUAAUGAGCUGAGUUUCUGCAAGGGGGAUGGUACAUUUCAAAUGUUUUUUGAGCUGGGUUUUACCAAGCGGCUUUUUGCAUUGGCAGGGUUUGAGGAAGUUGACGGUCAUGGCUUGCAGUACCAUUGUAAUCGCUUAGUAAACCGAAAGAAUGGUAAGAAAAUGGACAAGGUCUUUAUUAAUGGUAGCUUUCGGCUUUCCAUGAAUUCUGACAGUAAGUAA